CCUAUUAAAACCGCCGACCAACAAACUGGACUCUGGUCGUGGUUCCCGUUGGAAUGGUAAGCCAGGAAGGUGCAAGACGCUUGCAGAACCGCACUCAGCCGCAGCACGCAAAUAGAACCACGAAAAAGGAAUUCUAAUUCCUUCUGCAACGCUCCGGAAACCAAUCAACCCGUUCGAUUUCUUCUUCCACCCGGCAACUCUUAAGAUUACGGCUAGCCUUUUGAACUACCGACGAAAACAAACAUCUUGCCGUGCAGUGCCGGUUGUGGGAGUGAUCCGAAAAUGAGUCUUUUACCGAAAACGACCGCCGAUUUCGGCUCCACCGAGUACUGGAACAGUUUCUUCCGGAAGCGUGGCAAACAAGCGUUUGAAUGGUACGGCGAGUAUCCCGAGCUGUGCGGUCAGCUGCACAAGUACAUAAAAGCCAAGGAUGAGCUGCUGAUGGUGGGCUGUGGCAACUCCAAACUCAGCAUGGAUCUGUACGAUGUUGGCUUCAAAAAAAUAACCAACAUCGACAUCUCGCCUGUGGUCAUCAAACAGAUGCAGGACGCCAAUCGAACCGCCCGACCAGAGAUGACCUGGUGCCAAAUGGAUGCGACUGCCAUGACCUUCCCGGACGAAACGUUCUCCGUCGUGCUGGACAAGGGUACACUCGAUGCACUCUUCACGGAUGAUUCGGAAACCGUGCUGACUACCGUCCGGAAAUAUUUCUCCGAAAUCCGGCGCGUACUACGAACCGGUGGCCGGUACGUUUGCAUUUCACUUCUGCAAGAGCACAUCCUUCGCGAGGUAGUUGAACACUUCCCGGCCAACCACUUUAUGCUGCGUAUCGUUCGGUGUCCGGAAGCAGGCACUAGACAACAAAGUGAAGACGGUAGCGGAUCAUCGCUCGUUGUGUUCGCCGUAGUAGCCACCAAAUUCAAGGCCUUACCGAUGCGGGUGCUGGAAGUGUGCUUAGCCGGUGAUCAAAUGGAGCGUGUACAGCGAGCAGAAGAGCUGGUAGCGGCCAUUGCCUCGGCCCAGAAAGCUGCCAUGGUGUGUAACGGUUUGGCACGGGGUAGUAUCGCCGGUAUGGCCGAAGUAUCGAUCGAUUUGUUCCAUCCAAACGAAAAGAGCGUACCCCGCUACUCCAUACACGUACUGGAUCAGGCCCCCAAGCGUGGCAGUGGCAAGUAUGCGGCAUUUAUCGUGCCACAAGGACGCGAAACGGAAUGGCUGUUCGCGACACCGGCCGGUCGCCAGAAGCUUCAGCAAUCAGCCAACUUUGAUCGCCUAGCAGUCGUAACGCUGCAUCGUGGUCAACGGUACGAAGAUUUGGAAACGGUUAAAGAGGAACUUGGGGAGAGCGUAAAAUCUCUGACCCCAGCAGGGAUUCAAGGAACUAUUCCCUACCUCUCGAUCGGUGCCGAGGUUGGACGGCGAGAAACGAUACACUCGGGCCAUAGUGCACUGUCUGGAGAUUACGUGGUGGAAGAAGUUGUUGGCGAUAAUGGGCGCCUACUGCGACGCCUCAUAUUCCUCGCCAAUCAAUCCGUCGUACAAUCGGAAGCGGCACUGCGGAUGGCACGUGUCCGCGGAUCCCGUGCCCCACAGAAAGUGGUCGAUCCGGGUCAUCUCGCAUGCCAGCAUCAUCUCUACAUGACGAUCGGUGUUCAACUUGCGAUGAAACUUGCGGCAUCACCACCACCACCGAUCGCCAUAGUUGGUCUCGGUGGCGGUGGACUUUGUACGUUCAUCCGGGAGUGUCUGCAGCAAACGCACAUCACGGCGAUCGAGAUCGAUGAGGAGAUUGAACAGAUUGCUGUGAAAUAUUUUGGCCUCAAACUCGACGAACGGUUGCGCGUUGUUAUCGACGAUGGAGUGCGUUUUCUGGCAACCGAAGCCACCCGUGGUGCUCACUACACGGCCCUGCUGUUCGAUGUGGACAGUAAAGAUCCGACCGUUGGAAUGAGUUGCCCACCGGCAACAUUCGUGGAGCCGGAUGCUUUGACGAACGCGAGGAAACUCGUCGGCAGCGACGGUAUCUUCGUGCUGAAUCUAGUUUGCCGCAACGAUGGCCUACGGGAAACGACUGUUUCUGCGCUCAAGCGUACCUUCCAGUAUGUGCUGUCGUACAAGCUGGAGGAAGACGUUAACGAAGUGUUCUACUGUACCGACAACGAACGGCUUCACGAUGCGACCAGCUGGCAGGAGCAGCUCCGCGAAGCAGCAGACGACGUUAACAAGCUGGCCAAGAAGGAGAAACUGACGCGCGAGUCCGAGCUGAUCGAUUUGAGUGAUUUUUUGAAUGCGCUGAAAAUAUAGAAUUAUUUCGAAUAAAGUUUUUGUUACUCGCAGA